UUGAAAAUGGUAAUUUCGGAAAAGUGGAAAUAUCGGCCAAGUGGAAAUGUCGUAAAAGUGGAAAUGUCGGAAAGCUAGUAAUGUCUGAAAAAGUUAUAUGUCGUAGAAGUAAUAAUGUUGGAUUGUCGGGAAGUGGUUUAUGUCGAAAAGUUGUUGUCGAAAAAACGUUUUUGAGAAAUUAUUGUCG